ACGACCGAGAAGCGCCGCCGGCAAGACGACCGAUCCGACGAACCGUUCGAUACACACGUGUUGCGUACAUUUUUUGUCGCACCGGACCGCCGCAAACCGGUUACAUUCGAUUAUUAUAGUAAAUAGUAAAAAACAUAUUAGCAGCAGCAGUAGUAGUAGUGGUGCGUCUCGUUAUUAUUAUUGUAGUAUCGUACUCCUGGACGACGACGACGGUGCGUUAUAACAUAAAUCCUAACGCGUUACGCGCACGCACGCACACGCUGCCCGACGUAGGCGACCCGCGCCCCACAUACAGACGUCGACGACCACUGUAGCCGCCGCCGCCGCAGGCAACGCAUCCGAUCACUGACAAGCCCCGCAGUCGCCCGCCAAAACAUGUCGGCCACCGGUGUGCGCUGUUGCGUCGCCAGAUCGGUCCUCGUGGCCGUCGCCGCGUUGGCCUCGUGCACGGACUCCGCGACCAUCGUGCUCAGAAUGAAAGAUAGCGCAGAAAUGGUGUUUAAACCCGUCAGGACCGUGUUGGCAGGCUCGGCGGCCGCGGUUUCGUCUACCGCCACCACUACGACCACCCUUGGCGAGUUCAAAGGAAAAACCACCGUUACGACCCAGGGAGGAUUCAAUUUCACAGCUAUGCUCAACAUAGCCAACAACGUCUCCCAAUUUAUGGACGAGGAAGAUCAGGACGGUGCAGAAGACGAGGACGAUGCGCUGUCCGCCGUGUGGUACCUGGCCGCUUUCGGUGGACUCGUGCUGUUCUUCUUCGUGGUCACGUGUUCCGAGCUGUUCUUCGGCAACCCCAUUUACACGCGCCGGCCCGUCGAGCUGCCGCAUGCCGGCUACCUUCGGCGGCACGUGUAUGGGCGUCGCAACCAGGGAUACACGCCCGAGACGCCGCCACCACCGUACCAUCUGUUCGCACCGCCCAGCUACGCGGACACCAUCAAAGGCCUGCCGCCGUACGAGUCGGGCAACAAGAAAUUAGCUGACGUCUACGUGGUACCGGUGCACGGUGGCGGCGGUGUAGGCGACACGGGCGUGACGUCUCUGCAGCCGCCACCGUUCAACGCGGCAGCGACCACCGGCGGUACGAUUGCGGCGCCCGCGAGGACGCCCGACGACCGUAAGCCGCCCGCUCAAACCAAGCGCUAAACGGACGGACCGCGCGCGUUGUCCCCGGCGGAGCAGACGGAGCAGACUGUAAGCGAUCACUGCACACGGACUGAGCGGACCCUCUCCGGUCGUCUCCGCUCGGGGACACCAAGUCUCCUUUGAUCUCAUUUUUAUGUGCACCGCAUAUAAUUUUAAUACAUUUUGAAAGAUAAAUCAGAACGUUAUUUAUUUAUUUAUUUAUUUAUUUUACGCUCAUACAGCGCUAGACAAUAUCAAACGUUUUUUUUAUUAUUAUAAUAUGUACACACUACUACUAAUUCCAUACAAUUUGUAUUUUGAUAUAAUUAAUUAUAUUUAUAUAUUUUUUUUUAUCAUCAUUAUUAUUAAUUACUUUUAAUUUGUUGAACGUUAUGAUUUUUUAAACUUUUUUGUACAUCGCGAAAACAUUUAAUUUCGGUCCAAAAAAUAAAAAAAUGAAUGGAAAAAGAAAAAAAAAACACUUAUUAUUAUGUAUCGUUUGUUUGGAUCGACAGUGAAUCGUUAUUUUUAUAAUUUAUAUGCAUAUAUAUUAUUAUUAUUCGUAUAUUAUGUGUGUGGCCAAAGCAUUGUUAUUAUUUUUAAGUUAAGGCUCACGCUCCCCUCGAAUUUGGUUUUUCGUCCGCGGGCCCUCGUUUCGAUAAUAAUUAUUAUAAUAUGAUCUUUGUAAGUGUUUUUUUUUAAUGUUUUGUAUUUUCCUAUAUUAUUUACAUAAUUAUAUGACACGGGUUAUUGUCACGCCAACGAAAACCGCCGCCAAUAAAGUAUUUCAUUCGGAUCGAAAACAGAACUAAGCUCAAGUUUUCAACAAUAUUUAGUUUUCAAGCAAACCGAAUUUAUUUAACCAAGGUUUCAAAUAUAUUAACGUUAAUAAUAUUGUCGUUUUUAUACCUAUACAUAUAUUAUAUUAUAUUAAUGUGUAUUGUUUGGACCUAGUGUGAAUCGUGUAUUUUUUUUAUUCGUAUGUUAAAAACGUAGCCUACAUUAGGCAAUUUUUUUAUUAUUACUAUUAUUAUUAUUAUUAAUUUAUUAAAUAAAAAUUAAAACUGUUACCAGCACAA